AUGGCGGAGGAGCUGGAGCGGCUGCUGGACCAAGUGGAGCGGCAGCUCAGCCGCCUGCCGGGGCGAGGGGCGGCGGCCGGCCCCCGGCGCGGCGAAGACAGGGAGGCGGCGGCGAAGGAGGGCAGGUCAGCCAAACUGUUGAUGAGUACUGGCAGCAGUGAAGAAGAUAUAGAUGAUAUUAUUGAUGAAAUCUGUAAUGACAGCAGCUUUGCCAAAACACCUCUGAAAUUGAUGUCUAACUCUGCAAGCCUCCCACGUGAAAGCAAUAGUGCUGCUGUACAGGCUGGUAGAAAAAGGUGCUGUCCAGUGUACCUGGGUGGAAGCUCUUCACCAUAUGGCAUAGGAACAAAUACUUCAAAAAGAACAUGUGAUCAACUACGUUGUACUGCUUGCGAUUUCCGUGUGUCACUUUUCAAUGACUACAUCUGGGAUCAGUCCUGUGAUUAUCUUUUUUUCAGGAAUAACAUGCCUGAUCUCUGUAAACUGAGAGCAAAGAUGACAAAGAAGAAAGGAGCACGAGCAUAUGCUUGUCAGUGCAGCUGGAGAUCCAUUGAUGAAGUAACUGACCUCCAAAUGGACCAGCAGCUUCGGUGGGUUUGUGGAAAACAUGCAGGAUGAAGUCCUCUUGUGCGUGGUACCUACUUGUGUGGGAACAGGUCAUAAACCAAAUUUGUUUCCUAUGAAAUUUUCUGAGAACAGAUGGAAACCUGAAUACUUGUAUCUUGAAAGAUAUUAUAAUACCCAGACUUCAACCUGAAAACUUUUUUUCAAUUUAACUGUCUUGCAAGCAGUGUAAAGAGUUCAAGUAUUAGAAGAAACAACCAGUUUGGAGGCUUUCUGGAAGCUAAGUGAAGUUAAAGCUCAUGCUCAGUAGUGUUAAAGAAAGCAAGAGGGCAUGGACAGAUUUAGGCAGGGAGCAAAGCACCUUGAGACUAUUUCUCAUAUCUGUCAGGGAGCCUUUAUUUCCCAUGUCUGCAAAAUCUUUGACUCAAAAUGGUGGGUUGGGAUGCAGCCAUGACAUACAAGCAUAUGAAUUUCUGCAUGGAAUUUCUCCAUGGAAAUGAAUACUGCUGUUCUGCUUUGCUCACAGCUGUUAAUGAACAAGGGGUUGUAGAUCUCUUAAAAAAUUACUGCCAGAUCAGCUUUCACCUUUAAGGUUUCAGCACACCCCAAAACUUUACUUUCUUUUGCCCAGCAGUAGCCAAAAAGUGCAGGUGCUGAAAAUUUCCUUCCAGUUCCUCCUGCUUUAUUCAAAGGACUUUCUGCUGACCAAAGACUUUUUACCACAGUGAAUUUCUUGGAUCUCUCUUCAGCCAUCACUGCAAGAGGUGAACAAGUUAUUGUGCAAGUCUUAAAUAGUGUGCAAUUUAAAAGAGAUUCUGAAGAAUCUAUUUUAGGGCAAAAAGGCUCAGGCGUUUAAGAGUGAGAAGAUAUAUAUCCCUGCUGAUGUUCAAAUGUGGAUAUUUUUCAGUUUCACUUAGCUUUCACUUCAGCUUCCCUUCAAAAUACUACAUAUCCAGGGAAGUGUAACUGUCCUGUUUCAACACGCUCCCUUCCCCCAGUAACAUCAUAAAACUACUUCCAGUAUUGUGUUACUUGGUGAAUGGUCUUGAUUACAGUUAAUGUCACUAUAGUUUAUGAGGUCUUUCUUUUCAUUAUAUAUAAAUAAUACAGGAGAUGGAUUUGGGUUUGGGGCAGGCAAAGAGGAAGGGAUUACCAGUCUUGGCAAUCACUGUAUUGAAAAGUGUCUCAAAAUGGGAAGUCUGACAGUGUUUUUUGCAGUGCAGUAGGUGAUGCUGUACAAAGAAGUUAAAAAUUACUUAGUGUAAUUCUAUACAGAGUCGUUCCUUUUUUUGGUGCAGUUUUGCUUAUGGCCCUACUCUGUGACAUGUCAAUCUGUUAUUUUUCUGAGCUUUUCAGAAACGAUUGCAUAGUCUUUCUUACAGAGGUCAUCUUCUGAAUUUAUUGCUUUGUCUGUGCCCCUCUGAAAGACCAGAUCUGGGUAGUGACCAGAGGCAUAAUGUGCUCUGCAUUCUGCUCACCUUCCCCGCCAUGGCUGUUUUGUUAGAACAUGCUGAGACCAGCAGUGUGCCUGGCAGGGCUUCAGUGCUGCAGGGUGCAUGUUCCAGUGCCACAUGCAGCCUUGCUAGUAGGUUCAGGGGCAGGGUGGCUUUGGACAAGUACUAUGCAUAGACAUAUUUAGGGUUAUGUACUGUUUUCAAUGCAAUUGGUGUUUGAGGCUGAAGUUUUAACUGCUGGAGUGUAAAACUGCAGGCUCAGGAGACAGAGCGACCCAGAGACCAGUUGAUUAAUGCUCACUCAGCUACUGGAUGAGGUCUGCUUGCCUUUUUGUCCCUUGUAAAGAGAGAGCCUUUGGGUGAACUGUAAGCGGUAAGUGUUCCUGGGUUUUCUUCAGGUGGGCCUGAGCCAUUUCCAUUCCCAGAGAACAUAAGUGAUAAUGGUAAGAGGAGAACCUGGCAGCAGUAUGUAAUUUAUUAACAAGCUCUAGGGAAGAAUAAACCUACUUUCCUUUAUUCUUCUCGAAGAAGGAUGUGUUUCAAAAAGUGCUGAGUUGCCUUGGCUUGCUUGUUCCAAGGCUGUUCAAAACCGAUGGCCAAGUGGCCCCACAGAAUGCUCUUUUGGACUGGAUUUGUACUAGAACUUCUGCCACGAAGUAAGGAACAAGUUAGGCUUGCAACUUGUGAGCAGGAAACGGAAAAUGCUAACACUCAUGUCAGUUUAUGAGACCAAAUCUUAUGUGGCUUGGAAAAGGAGCAUAUCUCCUGUACCCUAUUUUAAACAAACCAAUAGAAAUAGUCACUCCCUCCAGAACAGUUUGCACUAGCAAGUGUGGGGAGCAUAUCGUGCUGAAACAGAAGUUCAAGAUACCCAUUGGAGUGGUUCUUGUGACAAGCAGACAGCCUGCAGCACUUGGAAACUGGAGUCUAAGGAGGAACUGAGAUAGAACAACUUAGAGGGUAGGAGAAGUAAAAAGGAUUAACACUGGAUCUGUUGACAGCACUGGUCAGCAUUUCUCCCAGGUCACCUCAUCCCUCAGUCUUGCUAGCCUAGAGAGUUGCAGAAAGUUCCCUUUCUGGGUAGGGUUUGUUGUCAGGCGACUGUGUCACUAGCACUGUUCAGGCUGCACUCCAAGCACUGAGAAUGUCAGAAGGUGAUCUUAAUUGCUAAGUGUAAGUGGAAACCUCUGCAUUCCCGUGAAUUCAUUGUGUUUAUUCAAGUGUAGUCGCUUGUUUCUGGCCUUGGUCAGAAUGGUGGGAUAUGAUAGCUCUUUGUCUAAGUGAAGUUCUAAACAGGUGCAGAAAUAAUGCUUAUUUUAUUGGGUUUUAUUACAUAAUUUAUCAUAUUUCUAGAUCUGGAAAAGUUACUAUGUCAUUAAAUAUAAUUAUUUUGUUGGAAAGAGGAGUGAUAUUAAAUAUUUUAUUUCCCUUCCUCUGCUUUCUUCAGUUACAUGUUACAAACAACUCCAGAGUCCUCAAAUGAAAAUAAUGUAAAAAAAGGUGAAACUAGGUCUUGCAUAUUGAUUUGGUGAAGGUGUUGUUAGAUUGCACAAGGUUUUCCUGAUGUAGUCCAGACCCUAAGUGAUAUUUCUGUGUCAGUUAUCUGAGAUAGCAAGGACUAUGUAAAGAAUUUUGCUUAAGAAUGCCAUUCAGCUGUUGUCAAAUGGAAGUACUGGAGAACAGUUUUACUAAGGAUAAAAGUGACCAUUGUUUCCCUCCAGUUUUUUGCUUUGGAAGAAAUAAAACCAUCUCUGUGAAAAUGGGCAAGGUGAAAACUCGAGACUGUCAAUUUACUUGAGUGAUAUGCUUGGAAACUUUCUAGCCUGCAGCAUUAGUCUGUAGGAGAUCCCUCAGCAAAACAAAAGCAGUGACAGAUGACAAAAUGAAAAUCCACUCAAAGGUAUUCACCUGGAAAUGCAGCUGGUGGUUUAAUGUCUUACCAACUUUUCUAAGUCAGUGUUCCUGCAGUACUUCUGGUUAAGAAUCCAAUCCAAAUGUACAUAGAACAUUUUCAGAGCUUCUCUUUACUGAAUUUUAAUGUGUUUUUCUAACUAUGGAGGCUGUCCAACCCAGGUGCUGAAUAUAGCUCAGAAGAGUAAUUAUUAAGGAUCUUGCCCACUGCAUAUUGCAAGUACUGCACUGUAUAAAAAUUGAAAAAAUAUUUUAUAUUUCUACACACCCAUGUCAUUUUGUACUGAAGGUAUUCUGCAAAUGCCAGGCACUGGGAGCUGCCACUUGUUGAAAGAUGGCUCAAUUCUCAUGUUUCCUGACGUGUGAGUCUUUGGGUCAUGUAACCAGCACAUGUUGCAGUCACACAACAGGAGAUGAACUGUGUUGGGAGCUGCUUAGGCAUGUUUUUCUUACUGCUGGGGUCUUUUUACACAAGACCUGACUUGUUUUGUCUGUUGUGGACACCAAGUAACCACAGACAGGCCAAGAUGGAAGAAGAUGGAGUAAAGCAGUGUCAGGUGCUGCUCCUUUUUGAAGGCCACAUAUGCUGCCUGGGACUUAAAGAAUCAUUAAGGUUGGAAGGGACAUUAAAGAUCCUCAAGUUCCAACCCCCCUGCCAUGAUCAGGGAGCCCUACCACUAGAUCAGGUUGCACAAAACCUCAUCCAACUGGCCUUAAAAACCUCCAGGGAUGGGGCAUCAACAACCUCCCUGGACAACCCAUUCCAGUUCCUCACCACCCUUAUAGAGAAGAAUUUCUUCCUAAUAUCUAACCUAAAUCUCCCCUCUCUCAGUUUAAAACCAUUACCUCUUGUCCUAUCACUGCCCUCUCUGAUGAAAAGCCCCUCCCCAGCUUUCCUGUAGCGCCUUCAAGUACUGGAAGAUGCUGUAAGGUCUCCACGGAGCCUUCUCUUCUCCAGGCUGAACAGCCCCAACUCUCUCAGCCUGUCUUCAUAGCAGAGAUGCUCCAGCCCUUUGAUCAUCUUGGUGGCCCUUCUCUGGACUCUCUCCAACAGGUCUAUAUCUUUCCUGUGCUGAGGGCACCAGAACUGUACACAGUACUCCAGGUGGGGUCUGACCAGAGCAGAGCAGAGGGGCAGAAUCCCCUCCCUGGCCCUGCUGGCCACACUUCUUUCGAUGCAGCCCAGGAUGCAGUUGCUCUCUGGGCUCCAGCACACACUGGUGGCUCAUGUCGAGCUUCUCAUCACCUACCAUCCCCAAGUCCUUCUCCUCAGAACUGCUCUCCAGCCAUUCUCCCCCCAGCCUGUAUUUGUGUAUUUGCAGAUGUGCCUUGAAGAAAAUAUUUUUUUAAACAUCAACACUCCAAUAAAAUGAAAAAUUGGAAUAAAUCUGAGCUGUGUGUUGUGUAAAUUCUAUGGUGUUGCUCCUAUCCCAGAGAAGCCUUAUGAAAAUGAUACAGAGCCAUGUUUCUCCAUCGGAAGGGUUAUAAAAUGCCCUUAAUACAAAAAUGUUGUGCAGUUUGUAAGAAACAGUGAGUACUGUUAUGUGUUCCUCACAUCAGUGGGGAAGUAAGUAGCAAAUACCUGAAAAGUACAUGAGCUAUAACAUUCUUUACCAGAUAACGUGAGGAGAGCUCAUAAAGGUAGAUGCAUUUACUACAUUUCUCAGAUCUUUAUCUGGGAUAAAAGGUGGGACCAGUUGCUGUGGGAGGUGGCAUAUAGCUAAAUUUCCAGCAGAAGGGUCUGCAGGUACCUUUGUGUAUCAGUCAAGGCAGGUUUUCACCAGCAUCAUACUGGUCAUUUAGAAGUGGGAGAUAAUUCAAGGAAUCGCAGCAUUUGUUGUCCCUGGAUUCUUGCUGUAGAAAGUGGUGCUUAGUAUCAGGAAGAAGUUGCACUACAACAGAUAUUGUUUCCCCAUCGUCCGUAUGUCCUGUGUGACAUACAUUAGAGUCACAGACAUAAAUACAUCACAUAAACCAUUCUGAAUUUGAACUGCAGGUGUUGGUACUGUUUAGUAAUUCCCAGAUUUAGUGGGCACGGUGGAGCUGGUAAGAACACAGAGAAAACAUCCACUGACUUAUCCUACUUACGACUCAAGGUGUCACAGGGCACCCACAGAAGGUAGUGUCCAUACAUGUUCAAUUCACAUUGUUUCCUUUUAUUCUCUUGUGCUUUGAAAGCCAUUUGGAGUAAGAUGUGAUUAUAUAGUCUAGUCUGCAGAGGGCAGAGCAGCACCGCCGAGUGUUACAGUUCAGGCUUCUGCUUCACUAGUACGAGCUCGUGCUUCUUUAUUUCUUCUGGAAUAGUGAAAUUUACAUUCAACGGACCGAGGCUUCUGGGUUCCUAUUUCUUUUAUAAUGGUGUAAUUAUAAGUGGGGUGGCCAGAUCUGUGGCAACUCCGCUUGAUUUUUGUGUGACUUUAUCCAAACAGUCCUCAAGUGGUCCUUGACCAAUACUGAAGCAGACUUUUUUAGCUGUCAGCCAAAGAAGCAUUAGAAUGUGUGUGUGUAUAUAUGUAUAUACUCGCACAUAUGUUUAUGUUUGUUUAUCCUCUGACAACAUCAGUGGAAGAGCUAAAUUGCCUUUAGGAUUUACAUUUUACUCUGCCCAAGUUAAUUUUCCCUGAAAAUGUUGCUAACAAAUUUGGCAAGUUGAGGAUGUGUACUUUAGGAUGCCAUAAUGUCCAAUACUAAGUUUAUAUACACAUCUCCCAAGAUGUAAAAAGAUGGCAGAUCUUUUAAAAAAUGGUAAAAUGCCAAGAUUUAGAAAUACCAACAAAUUAUUUCUGUGUCAGAAAGCAGAAGGUUGGAGAUGCUGCAGAGCCUGGCAGGCACAAUCAUCCUGCAUCCUGGCUAAGGUUUUGGGGAACAGUUUUAAAAAGCUGUGUCAGCUGCACAUCUGAAACCCCCUCCCUCCUGUGAGCACGUGUGCUCACACACAAAGUGGUCCUUUCUCUUGGGACUCUCUUCUGUUUCUUGAGGAAUCCAUUAAGUAUGAAUGUACAAAGCAGGUUUAUAGGGGAUAGAAGUAAAUGUGAUCUCCCAUAACUGAUGUUGUGUCUAUUUCUGCAGUAGUGAUUAGGUGCUUUUAACUAGAAGAACAAGUAUAUUUAAACCAUGAAACUAGAGUUUGCUUAUUUUACUAGUAAAAUAGGGAAUAUCAUUUGUAUUUAGCCCAUCGACACCAUUGUUCUGGUUUGGUGGGUUUUUUGGUAGCGGGGAAGGAAGCUGAGAAGCUCCCCCUGCUCCAAAACCCAGGGAGGAGCCAUUAGAGGGACAAUAGAUGCACCUCAGCGAUUAACAUAGGAAAGAGCUGAGAUAACACCUGAGCAGAGAAGGAGGGGGGAGAAGAGCUGUGCUGGGGAAGCAGAGCGGUGCUGGUGGUUGGUGAGGAAGAAGGGGAAGAAGGGGCCCAGCAGAAGUUUCCCUGCGACCCAUGGAGAGAUGGCAGCUGUCCCCCUGCACUCAUGGAGCAACGUGGUGGAACAUUCCCUGAAGGCGCCAGGAGGGCUGAACUGGGCCAGUGGACUUGGAUUUUGUGGCCAGUGGAUUUACUGCCAGUGGACUCUGAUUACGCAGCUUUGGAAGACCCUGGUGCCAGGGGAGUUUGUUCCCAAAGCACCCGUGACUCUGUGGGAAGCCCAGGCUGGAGCAGCUCCGGACCUGGUGGGAAGGACUCAUGAAGGAGAGGUUCAUGGAGGACUCUCCCCAUGGGCGGGACCCCGUGGGGCAGCAGGGAAAGACUGUAAGGAAUCCUUCUUCCUGAGGAGGAAGGAGCAGCAGGAACCACCAGCCUGUGAACUGACUCUAAACCCCAUCCCCUGUCCCCCUGUGCCGCUGGGGGGAAGGAGGGAGAGAAACCGGGAACAAAGUUAUUUGGGCCCGGGAAGAAGGGAGGGGUGGGGUAACAUAUGCAAGCCCUGCUCUGUGUGUUG